GGAGGGGAGUCGAGGGAGAUAGAUCGGCCGCCAUAUUGAGACCGAGAAGAGGUCUAAAUACUGGAAUAUCUUGGAAACGGCCAGUUUAAAACCUAUAGGGGCCCAGCUCCCUACACCAGCUGGGUGUCUGCCCAGAGACCAGUGGCCCCUUCAUCUCCCACCCAUAAACCCCUUUUUUUUCUCCCAGCAUCCUUUUACCCAAGCUUCGUAUCAGCCAUGGACCAAGAUUAUGAGAGGCGUCUCCUGCGGCAGAUCAACCUCCAGAAUGAGAACACCAUGCCUUGUGUAACAGAGAUGAGACGGACUUUGACCCCUUCAAACUCUCCUAUGUCCUCCCCAAGUAAACACGGGGACAGAUUUAUUCCAUCCAGAGCUGGAGCCAAUUGGAGUAUUAACUUUCACCGGAUAAAUGAAAAUGAAAAAUCCCCUAGUCAGAAUCGCAAAGCCAAAGAUGCAACAUCUGAUACUGGCAAAGAUGGCCUGGCUUACUCUGCACUGCUUAAAAACGAGCUCCUAGGUGCCGGAAUUGAGAAGGUGCAGGACCCCCAGACAGAAGACAGACGGUUGCAGCCUUCAACACCUGAGAAAAAGAGCCUGUUUACGUAUUCUCUCAGUUCUAAACGAGCAAGUCCAGAUGAUGGAAACGAGGUGUCUCCCUACUCUUUGUCCCCUGUUAGUAACAAGAGCCAGAAACUGCUGCGCUCUCCCAGGAAGCCUACACGCAAAAUUUCUAAAAUUCCUUUCAAGGUCCUGGAUGCUCCUGAGCUGCAGGAUGAUUUUUACCUCAAUCUAGUUGACUGGUCGUCACUCAAUGUGCUGAGUGUGGGUCUGGGAACCUGUGUGUACUUGUGGAGUGCCUGCACCAGCCAGGUAACUAGGCUUUGUGACCUUUCUGUGGAAGGGGAUUCUGUUACAUCGGUUGGCUGGUCUGAGAGGGGGAACUUGGUAGCUGUGGGGACACACAAAGGUUAUGUUCAGAUAUGGGAUGCAUCAGCUGGGAAGAAAUUGUCCACAUUAGAGGGGCAUACAGCACGAGUAGGUGCCCUUGCAUGGAAUGCAGACCAGCUAUCCUCUGGGAGCAGGGAUCGGAUGAUUUUACAAAGGGACAUCCGGACGCCACCGAUACAGUCUGAGAGGAGGUUGCAAGGUCACAGACAGGAGGUUUGUGGCCUCAAAUGGUCAACGGACCAUCAGCUCCUUGCGUCUGGAGGAAAUGACAACAAGCUCUUAGUUUGGAACCACUCAAGUUUGAGUCCAGUUCAGCAGUACACAGAGCAUCUUGCAGCAGUAAAGGCCAUUGCCUGGUCUCCUCACCAACAUGGCCUGCUGGCCUCAGGAGGAGGCACUGCUGACCGGUGUAUACGUUUCUGGAAUACCCUAACUGGUCAGCCCCUACAGUGCAUUGACACUGGCUCUCAAGUCUGCAAUCUCGCCUGGUCCAAACACGCAAAUGAGCUGGUGAGCACUCACGGCUAUUCACAGAACCAAAUAUUAGUCUGGAAAUAUCCGUCCCUCACACAGGUGGCAAAGCUGACAGGACAUUCCUACAGAGUUUUAUAUUUGGCCAUGUCCCCAGAUGGAGAGGCCAUUGUUACAGGGGCUGGGGAUGAAACACUAAGAUUUUGGAAUGUUUUUAGCAAAACCCGCUCCACAAAGGAGUCGGUUUCUGUUCUUAACCUCUUCACCAGAAUACGGUAAACCCUCUUGCUCUGCAGCCCCCAUUCGUCAGUGAAACCACUCUCCAUUUGCUGACCUUUAUCAAUAAUUAAAGGACUCUUUCUAUGGCAAGAGCCUCCUGUGUAAUACAGAGCCAGCAGGGAAACCAACAAAAGACUUUUAGAGAGGAGCCUAUAUAACAUAUAUAUAAAUAUUAUUUUUUUUGAGGGUAGUGGGAAGGAAUACUACUGCCCUCCUUCAGCCUAGAGUGAAUGGGGGUAGCCCCAAAGUCUAUAUAUAUGUAUGUAACUGUGUAUAUAAAUGAUGUAUAUCUUAUUUUGGGAUUAACCCCUUGUGUGAUGUGUUUGCAGUCCCCUCUGAUGGUCAGUGAUUAAGGCAACUGUAUAUGUUUUUUAUUUCCCCUCCUUUUUCAAUAGCAAAGCUGUGCAUUAUGGUGGUAAGGAGUGUUAAAUAAUUAUUGUACUUUGCCAACCAUAUUCUUUAGAUACUCUGUACAACUUUAUUUGCUUCCUGCUAACCUUCUACCAAUGUUUCUCUGCUCCAGUCCUUGGGAUAUACAAACAAGUGGUUUUGUAAUCCGAUCAGUUUGUAGUCAAAGUAGAGAUCUUUUGGUAUCCUGAGAACUGAAGACGAGGAAAGCUGCCCUACACCUUCCAAACACCUAUAACACUCUGCCCUUCUUGAGGGGCUGUAAUGUGUGGUGCUGAUUUUAUGGAUGUGUGAAUGGAAGACUGGGUUUCUCAUUCUGUAAUUUGCUCGUUUGAUGCUGUUGCAGUUUAUAUUUCUUUUUAUGAGUGGAGCUCUGUAUUUUUAAAUGUUAAUUUAAUAUCUGUUUAGAAAAUGGCCAGGUUCUUGUGCUCACCUCCUCAAUGUGUUAAAAAUUUGUUAUUCAAAAACUAAAAAACAAUGAAGUAUGGGAUGGACUGGGAGGUGAUUGAAAGCUGGGGAGGAGCGUAAAAAAAACCUUUUUGUUUUAAGGAAAGCACUUAUCUUUGUUUACUGAAAAUGUACCCCUUUGUCCUCAUACAAGACAAUUGUUACCCCUGGCAGAAAAUAAUCUAAUGUGAGCAUUGUCAAGAUUUGUGCUCUGUAUUGAAGAUGAGGACUUUUCUAAUUCCAUUAUAAGGAGUGCCAAUAUCUUUAUUCUUUGUUUUUAAAGAACAAAACAAAACAAACAACAAAAAAAAUGAAUGUUGAGAACAUAA